GUUUAUUUUUGUUUAGAAGAAAGGGUAACAAGAGCAUUUAUAUGAAAUGAAAAAAAAAACAAAAAAUUGAAGAGAGCGGGGAAAAUAAUGGAGUGUGCGGCGAAGGGUACCGGAACACGAUGUAACAGCGCCGCGACGAGACUCUGUACUCGUUGCGAAGCAGUUGCUUAUUGCUCUUUGUCUCACCAGAUUAAGCAUUGGAGUCGUCACAAACUCGAGUGUGAUAGGUUACAGCAACAGAUGGAGUGUGUAGAUCUUCUUAAUGAUUUUCCUUUCACUUUCUCUUGCGAAGCCACAUUUCAGGUUUGUGCAAAACAAGAAACUAGGUGUUCAUUUUUUAGCAAGAGAGGCCUUCAUAGAGUUGGAAUGUGGAUGCAUGAAUGCCAUUGUGGAGCAUCAUCUGCUUCAUUUGAUCUUUUAGGGCUAAACAAUGGCUGGGACCUCUCGAGUGUUUUGUGUCCUUGUCACGGUCCUGAGUUUCUGUUAUCAGAGCAGUUGUGUAGUUGGAGAGACUACUAUAAGUGGAGGCGCAUCCCGCUAGACUCACCGGUUGCUUUGCUUCUUCACUGGCCACUUACAAUAUAUCGUGCUGCUCAACUUGUUGGAAUUACAACCUCGAAUCUUGUAGUCGGUGAUAAGUUGUACAUACAUUACCUUGGACCUGAGAAGGAGCUGCUACAACUUGCUGUGUUUGGAGAUUUACUUGCCCUCUUCCCUGGUGUACAUAUUCAUAUAGAACUUGUUGGACCUGCAAUUCCCCCUCAAAGGGAUGGCGAAAAGAUCAUCAUUUCUAAGUAUCCUUGUUGCAAUGAAGAGAAGUGUGUGUGCAAACUAGCGAGUGAAAAUGCGAUCUUAGGAACACAAACAGGUUUGACUUCUGCGUUGACAUUGCAGCUUUGGCGAGGAUUCUAUCAUGACAGAUACAGAGACGUUGUUAAGGAUUCCUUUCCUCACCUAGUGAUUGCUCCAAAUGGUGGCAUUGCUGCCUAUUCCAGUUGGUUACCAAGUAUUGAGUUAAUUAAAAAGAUCGAUGUCCCAGCUGUUUUUACCGAUUAUUGCGAGGAAGCUUGUCAUCUUGCAGCAGGUUGCAUAAAGACUGUAACUGGACGCCCCCUUAGAUUACCUGUUCAAUUAAAUCCUUUCAGGCAGCCUAUUGCCGUAGAAGACAGUGUGUUGUUGCUUCCCUGCUACUCAAACUGCUUUCUUUUUGGUAUGUAAAGAGGAAUGCUCUGAAUUUCUUAAGCCACUAUCUAUUGGCUGGAAACAUUAAUAAUAAUGUCUAAUUAUAUAAUUAUGUUUCACGGCACAAAAUUGCUCAUAUUUAUCUAUGGUUCUUAGUUACCACCUGUAAAACCACAACUUUGGUUAGUUGAUGGUUGGCUCUUUUUGAAAGAGCCGUAUUAGAGAAACAAAUAGACACGUAUUUGAAUGAUUUAACUUUGUUUACAGACAUAAUCUUAUUGAUUGAUCUACUAGUCAUGGUGGUGACACUUUUAAA